AUGGAGGAGGCAGAUACAGAACAGUGGGACAGGUCACUGCCAUAUACACGAGGUUUUCCAAGAGAAAAAAAUCAGCAGCUAAAGAAGAGAAACCAUUCAGAAAUAAAAGAGUUUAUCCUCUUAAGAUUGUCUGAUGACCUGAAGCUCCAGGUUGUCAUCUUUAUAUUUCUCUUUAUCAGCUAUAUGCUUAGCAUCACUGGGAAUCUGACCAUCCUCACCCUUACCCUGCUGGAUUCCCACCUCCAACCCCCCAUUUAUUUCUUCCUGAAGAACUUCUCCUUAUUAGAAUUUUCAUUCACAUCUAUCAGUGUUCCUAAGUUUCUGGGAACCAAUAUUUCAGGAGAUAAAACCAUUUCCUUUAAUAACUGUGUAACUCAAUUGUUUUUUUUCAUUCUCUUGGGAGUCACAAAAUUUUGCUUUCUGGCUCCCAUAUCCUAUGAUCAUUAUACUGCCAUCUGGAAACCUCUGCUUUACAUGACCAUCAUGAAUCAAAAGUUCUGCAUGAUGCUUGUCAUUGCUUCCUGGUUUAACUGGCUGGUUUCAUUCUUGAUCAUCUUUCCUGCACUAAUGUUGCUCUUACAGCUUGAUUACUGUAGGUCCAAUGUUAUUAACCAUUUUACUUGUGAUUAUUUUCCCCUGCUGCAACUUUCUUGUUCAGACUCAAACUUCCUAGAGAUAAUGGGAUUUUCCUGUGCUGUGUUUACUCUAAUAUUCACUUUGGCAUUAAUAUUCCUAUCCCAUGUGUAUAUUAUCAGUACAAUUUUGAAGUUUCCUUCUACUAGUCAGAGGACAAAAGCCUUCUCUACAUGCUCAUCCCACAUGACUGUCAUCUCCAUCUCUUAUGACAGCUGAAUUUUUAUGUAUAAUAAACCUUCUGCAGGAGAAAGAAUAUCUUUAAGCAAGGGAGUUGCUGUGCUAAACACCUCCACAGCCCCCAAGGUGAACCCCUUUAUUUAUAGCUUAGGGAAUCAACAAGUCAAGCAAGCCUUCAUGAAGAUGACAAGGAAGACCAUAUUUUUCUCAAGUGCAUGA